AUGGCACCUGAAAAGCCAGUCAUUAUCGUUGGUGCCGGCCUGGCUGGCCUCGUGACGGCCUUUGAGCUCUCGCGCAAGGCAAUCCCGACCGUCAUCCUGGACCAGGAGCCUCGGUCUUCAUUGGGUGGACAGGCAUUCUGGUCACUUGGGGGUUUAUUCAUGGUCGACUCGGCGCGACAGCGGCGGAUGGGCAUCCACGACUCGCGCGAGCUCGCGUUGCAGGACUGGAUGGGCAGUGCCCAAUUCGACCGGCCAGAGGACAAGCACCCGCGUCAAUGGGCGGAAGCCUUUGUCAAUUUCGCUACGGAUGGGAUGGAGUCGUAUCUUGCCGAGCGAGGGCUCGGGUUCAUGUUCAAUGUCGGUUGGGCGGAGCGUGGUGACGGACGCGCUGACGGACACGGCAACUCGGUGCCGAGGUUUCAUAUUUCCUGGGGUACGGGUCCAGAAGUUGUGCGCGUCUUUGCCCAGCCAGUCCUCGAGGCCGAGAAGAAGGGUAGUGUGGUGUUUCAAUGGCGACACCGUGUCGAUGAGGUGAUUGUAGAUGACAGCGGGCGGGCGAUUGGCGUGAGAGGCAAAGUCCUGGAGGAGGUUGUAGCCGAGCGUGGCACCAAGACAUCACGAGUCGAGAUUGAUGACUUUGAAAUCCUGGGCGAAGCCGUGGUCGUCACGUCAGGCGGUAUUGGUGGCAACGUCGACGCGGUGAAGAAGAAUUGGCCGGUUGAUCGACUGGGCCCAAAGGUGCCGGACAACUUCGUAGUGGGCGUGCCAGAUCACGUCGACGGCCGCAUGAUCGACAUUGCAGAGCAGGCCGGCGCCAAUGUCAUUAACAGGGAUAGGAUGUGGCACUACACAGAGGGGAUUCAGAACUGGAACAGUAUCUGGCCCCUUCACGGCAUCCGCGUCCUGCCAGCACCAUCCUCGCUCUGGCUGGAUGCCACGGGCAAGCGACUACCGCCGUUCUUGUUCCCGGGAUCCGACACCCUCGCCACUCUCAAGCACAUCUGCAGCACGGGCUACGAUUACACGUGGUUCAUUCUGAACCAGAGCAUCAUCGCUCGCGAGUUUGCCCUGUCGGGGUCUGAGCAGAAUCCAGACAUGACCAACAAGUCCAUAUGGCAGUUCAUCUCCACGCGUGUGCUAGGCAAGAAAGGCACGCCGCCUGUGCAGGCAUUUAUGGAGCACGGCGCGGACUUUAUCAUCGAGAACAACCUUGAGGACCUAGUCAGUGGUAUGAACCGACUCGCUGCCGAACGGAACGGGCCCACGCUAGCCCUCGAGGACAUUGAGAACGUGGUCAAAGUGCGAGACAGCCAGAUGGACAACCCGUACUCGAAGGAUGCGCAGGCGAUGCUUAUCCAGAACGCAAGGACCUACUGGCCCGACAAGCGCGCUCGCGUCGCCCCGCCCCACAGACUACUCGACAAGGCGUACGGACCGCUCAUCGCGGUGCGCAUGAACUUGCUGACGAGGAAGACGCUGGGCGGCAUCGAGACAAACCUCCAGAGCCAGGUGAUGAGAGGCGACGGCAGCGUCUUCAGGGGACUGUAUGCUGCUGGCGAGGCCGCGGGCUUUGGCGGCGGCGGUGUUCACGGGUACAAUUCUCUCGAAGGGACCUUCUUGGGAGGCUGUAUCUUCUCUGGGCGAGCAGCUGGCAGAGCGCUUGUGGGGGAUCUGCUCGGCAAAGAUGCUAUUGACGACGCAAAGGUUACCUCCAGGCUUUGA